CAUAUGUGUGAUAUUUCCCCUAAAAUCAGAGUUGGACAGGCUAUGCAGUUUUUUGAAAUGUAGUAAUGUCAAAUUCCAUGAACAUUAAGCGGUUAAUUAAAAUCAUCGCUGAUGACAACAAUGUUGAUGAAAAAAUAUUUCAUGUGUUACAUGUAAUUAUGUCAAAAACAAAAUCAAACCAAUUAAUUGAAGAAAUUUACAAUCAAAGUGACGCUUUAAGUAGUUUGAUCGGUCUUCUCAACAAAAGAGAUGGAAAGUACAAUUCAUUGGUCUUGUCUAUAUUAGCAAACUGUGCUAAUAUUCAUCAACAGACAAGAAAAGAUUUACUUGAGAUGAAGCUGAUACCGCUUGUUGCAAAUCUAAUGGAGAAAAUAAAUAGCUGUGAACAAACUAGCAGAGCUAUAAGACUUUUAUCAAAUCUUUCAAAAGACCCAGUUUGUUUGGAAAAAGUUCAGGAAAAAAAUGUAAUUGAUUUAAUUAUUAAACAUGGAUGUUGCCUUGAAUUAAAAUGCCAAACUGCUUCAUUACGUGCUUUAAGAAUCAUAUGUGUUACUAAAAAAUCAUCUAAGUUUGCUGCUGAAAAUGACCAAUUUCCAAAUCUUCUUGCUUAUAUGCAUUCUAGUAAUCAAAAUGCUAUUCUACUAACUCUACGUAUGUUAUGUGGAAUGCUGAAAAGUCAAUCGACAGAAGUUUUUUAUAGAGCUGUGGAAGAGUCAACUCUACAAAAAGUAAUUCAGCUCUCUAGUGUUGAAUGUUAUUGUGAGGUUGGCAUUGAAAUACUGUUUCUACUUACCUUAAAUAGCGGUUGUCGAGUUGGUGUAGCAAUGGAAGGAGGAAUUGAAGUUUUUAUUGACCGUAUUAAAAAAAUUGACCAUUCUGACACAUUUAAGUAUGCUACUCAAGGUCUUUGUCUUUGCGCAAGAGAAGCUGUUAGUCGAAACCGGAUGAAAAUAGCUGGAGUUUUACCAUGGCUAGUUAAUAUUUUGCAACACGAUGAUUAUAUACAUUUUCAUGAAUCAAUUGUAGCUGCAUUUGUUUGGUUUUUGUUUGAUGAUUCAAGUUUAGGCUUAUUAAUAAGAGCUAAUACUAUUCCUGCAUUGUUAAAAUAUUUAGAUCGUUUAACUUACAUUGAAUAUUGUCAAAAUCAAGAUAACAGCGAAGAAAGUGAUGAUAAAAAUAAUGCUGACAUAUUAGUUGAAAAUGAUCUAAAGUUAAAGCGUGAAUAUGAUGAGACAAAAAAAAGUGAUUUAUUAAAAGAUAAAACAGGUAUUUCUCAAACCUCUAUAGAAGAAGAUAUAAGCAGGCAACUUUGGUGUUGCUCUUCUCCAGAGUCUUCACCAUACAACCCACAAUCACCUCAUUAUUCUAUCCCAUCAUAUUCUCCAAAUAUUUCACCUAGUUACUCUCCUCCUAUGUCUCCAUCUAUAUCUUCUCCUCAAAACUUGCUAGAACAAGACUUUUCAGACAUUAACCAUGAUAAUGCUAGUUCACCUUCAAAUUCAUUACCAUAUCACUAUCAAAGUGCUGAUGGACGGCUUUCAAUGAUACAUGGAACAAGGGGUCCUAUUCAUGACAUUUUAUUGCUUUUAUCAAGGUUUUCUCAAGCCCGUGACCCUAGCACUUUUUUUCUUGACCUCCCUGGUUUUAAUUCUUUAAAUAACUACCUAUUGUUGUCCUUUAAGCCGAAUCCAAAGUGUGCUAGAAUAUUAAACAGAUUAACAUUAAAUUCUCACUGUUUUGAUGUUUUAAUAAAGCAAAGAUUAAUACCGCGUCUCUAUUUGCGUCUUUGCACAGGCUGGUCUUUAGAAUUGCUCUCUAUUUUACUAAAUAAAGCUCGUGAAAAGAUGAAUAAAGAUCCAUUAAUUAACAGUCCAGAUUUAACAGAUUGUGUUGAUUUUGGUUACCUUAACAUCACUAAAAUGCCUUCAAAAACAACUUAUGAUUGGGGUAAAUUUUUAAUUUCUAAUUUACGAUCACAAAGUGAGUCAUCAUAUGGUAAAGGUGUUUUUUCACAUAUAUUUCUUACUGGAAGUAUGGAACUUAAAGAACGAUGUGUUGUUUCCCUUCCUCAUGUUGUAUGGUCAACUCAUCUUCAACGAAGAGUCUACCUGGAACUAAAAGCUUUAGAUAUACUUAUGAAAAUGCUUGAAAAAUGUGAAAAACUUGAUGGUGAAACCUUUGUACUGUUAGUUGAGGCAUUAUGUGCCUUGUCAAGAAUGAAUGGAAUCAGUACUGAACAUUUUACUUUACAAGUUCUUGCAAUAUUACAGCCAAAAGAUGAAAAGAACUUUUUAAACUCAAAUACCAAGCGACAAAAACUUGAUCAGAAUAUAAUCCGACUAAAGAUGUCGUCUGGAAAAAUAUUUGAAUGUGAAGAAAGGUUUUUAAAUGAUAAUUCUAAUGUUUUCAGUAGUAUGUUUUCUGCUCAUUAUACGGACUUUCUGCAGCCUCAUGUUUCCAUAAUAGAUAUAGAUGAAAAUGCUUUUGAACAAAUGUUGCAUUUUCUUUGUGGAUGCUCAAUUCGAUUAGAUGAAUAUCCAAGUUGUUUAAACCCAGAGGUUUGCAAAGUGAAAACAAAGUAUCCAAUAAUUACAGAUAAUUGUUUUGAUUUGACUUCCAUUAAUGCAAAAGAACUUGAAACAAGUUUAAAAGAUAAGAAAUCCAAAAUAAUUACUACAAACCUUUGUAUAAAACAAGAAAAAUUUGAAACAUUAAUUACAAAUUCAUAUAAACAACAAGAAAAGGAUCAAUCACUACAAGCAGAAAAAGAAACAAUCACUACAAACACGUAUAAGCAAGAUUGUACUCAGAUUGAGCCGCUAUGUAACGUACCUAUUGGAACGCUAAAUACUCAAUAUGCAAGCGCUUUACUAAUAUGUUCUGAUCGUUAUCUCGUUGAUGACUUGAAAAAUCAAUGCGAAAAGUAUCUUAUGUGUAACAUUCAUGACAAAAAUGUAGUUGAUUUAAUGCUGUUAGCUAUCAGACAUAGAUCGAACAAAUUACUUAAACAAUCUUUGACUUAUCUUCUUUCAUCUUGUGAAUGUCCACUUCUUAGAAGUCAGAAUUUUGCAGAACUGUUAUAUUCUUCAGAAAAGCUUACAUUUAUUGAUAACAUUAAGUGUUUACUAACAAAUGCUGUUCAAGGUAAAGAAAAUAUAAAAGUUGUAAAGAGAAUAAGCUUAUGACUUUUAAAUAAAUCUUUUUAUGUGUAUAUUUUAUAUCAGAGCUGCAAAAUGGCUUUCUUGUUUGUAAAUGUAAAUAUUUACUCCAAUGAUAAAACUAUAUUAUAA